GCUCGCAUAGGAUGAGUCAGCUGAAGGUGAAGGUUUCCUAAAAACAACGCAUAGGAUGGAUUGAGUAAUUUUUUCUCCGGUUACGACGCACACACCCGCUCGCCAUGCGCCUCCCGUCGGUUCGCUUCCUGCCGUCGAGUGCGGCGCCGGCGGUGGUGGCCGCGAACGCGCGCAUCGCCUGGAUGGCGCGCGCGGGGAACAUGGAGGGCGCCCGCGCGACGUUCGAGGCCAUGCCCCUCCGCACCACCGCUUCCUACAACGCCCUCAUCGCCGGCUACUUCCGUAACCACCUCCCGGAGGCCGCCCUCGGCCUCUUCCGCCGCAUGCCCUCCCGCGAUCUCGGCUCCUACAACGCUCUCAUCUCCGGCUUCUCCCUCCGCCGUCACACCCUCCCUGAUGCGGCGGCCGCGCUCGCCUCCAUCCCCUUACCCCCCUCAGUCGUCUCCUUCACCUCCCUCCUGCGCGGGUACGUGCGCCACGGCUUCCUGGCAGACGCCAUCCGCCUGUUCCACCAGAUGCCCGAGCGCAACCACAUCUCCUACACGGUUAUGCUGGGUGGUUUUAUUGAUGCCGGCCAUCUCGACGAGGCCCGCAAGCUGUUCGACGAAAUGCCUGACAAGGACGUCGUUGCACGAACUGCCAUGCUAUCUGGGUACUGCCAGGUUGGCCGAAUUGCCGAGGCACGCCUGCUGUUUGAUGAUAUGCCGAAGAGGAAUGUUGUGUCAUGGACUGCAAUGAUAUCUGGAUACUCUCAAAACGGGAAGCUUAACCUUGCACGGAAGCUUUUUGAGGUGAUGCCUGAUCGCAAUGAGGUGUCAUGGACUGCUAUGUUAGUCGGGUACAUACAGGCUGGACAUAUCGAGGAUGCCGAGCAGCUGUUUAAUGCAAUGCCAGAGCACCCAGUGGCUGCCUGCAAUGCGAUGAUGGUUGGGUUUGGGCAGCGCGGGAUGGUGGAUGCUGCCAAGGCAGUGUUUGAGAGAAUGCAAGAGAAGGAUGAUGGUACGUGGAGUGCAAUGAUUAAAGCGUAUGAGCAGAAUGAGUUCUUGAUUGAGGCAUUGUCUACUUUCCGUGAUAUGUCAUGGAGAGGUAUCCGUCCAAACUACCCAUCAGUCAUUAGCAUCCUUACUGUGUGUUCGGCACUAGCUAUUCUCAAUUAUGGAAGGGAGGUGCAUGCUGCAAUGCUGAGAUGCUCCUUUGACAUGGACGUCUCUACUGUCUCAGCAUUAAUCACAAUGUACAUCAAAUGUGGAAAUUUGGAUAAAGCUAAUAGGGUCUUCAAUAUGUUUGAGCCCAAAGAUGUCGUGAUGUGGAACUCGAUGAUCACUGGUUAUGCUCAACAUGGGUUGGGGGAGGAAGCACUUGGCAUAUUUAAUGACAUGACGAUUGCAGGAAUGGCACCUGAUGGGAUUACUUAUAUAGGAGUCCUCACUGCUUGUAGCUAUACCGGGAAAGUAAAAGUAGGGAGGGAAAUUUUCAAUUCUAUGUGUAAGAAUUCUGCCAUCCGACCAGGAGCGGAGCAUUACUCUUGUAUGGUUGAUUUGCUUGGUCGAGCUGGACUUGUAGAUGAAGCAUUGGAUUUGAUUAAGAACAUGCCAGUUGAAGCCGAUGCUAUCAUCUGGGGAGCACUGAUGGGUGCCUGUAGGAUGCACAAGAAUGCUGAGAUUGCCGAGCUUGCUGCAAAGAAGCUAUUAGAGCUAGAGCCCGAGAGUGCUGGACCAUAUGUUUUGCUCUCUCACAUUUAUACAUCCAUUGGGAGGUGGGAAGAUGCUUCUAAGAUGCGGAAAUUCAUUAGCUCAAGGAAUUUAAACAAGUCUACAGGCUGUAGUUGGAUAGAGUACGACAAGAGGGUGCACCUCUUCACAUCUGGUGAUAUAUUAGCACACCCAGAGCAUGCUAUUAUCCUUAAGAUGUUGGAGAAACUAGAUGGUCUACUGAUGGAAUCUGGUUACUCAGCUGACGGAAGCUUUGUGCUCCAUGAUAUAGACGAAGAGCAAAAACUUCAUAGCUUGCGAUAUCAUAGUGAGAGGCAGGCUGUGGCGUAUGGACUUUUGAAAGUUCCAGAAGGAAUGCCCAUUCGUGUCAUGAAGAACCUUAGAGUGUGUGGUGACUGCCAUGCUGCUAUGAAGUUGAUUGGAAAAAUAACUUCCAGGGAAAUCAUACUCAGAGAUGCUAAUAGGUUCCAUCAUUUCAAAGACGGAUUUUGCUCAUGCAAGGACUAUUGGUGAGGUGAAUGGCAAGGUAGAUUCCUUGUCCUACGUCAUCUCAUCCUGCUAUUUGGUAACAUAUUCAGAAUCCGGGUUUCAUCUGAACAUGAUUUCAUCAUCUACUGUGAGCGAACUGCACAUGGGGAGCUUGUUCCCUUGAGGUAUGUUUGCAACUAUGGACGGUAAUGUGACUGCUGCUCUAAGCAAGGUCACUUCUUAGAGGGAGUCACUGUUUUUCAAGAGCAGCAUGUUAUUCGAAUGGGUACAAACCCCAAAAGACAGCUUAAGACUGGUGAAGCAGUGGAGUUCGCCUAUUGUGAUAGGUUUGAUAGACAGGAAGAAUUAGGACAUUCAUGACAUGGCGGAAGACUGAAUAUGCUGCGGUGGCAGUCUGAUCACAAAAUCAUUCGUGGAGAUUUUGAGUGUGGAACAUAGCCCUCAGUUUUUUUACUGUUGGCAUGAUCCUGUUGGCGACUAAUUGGGUACUGUGGUUUCUCAGCACUCAGCAGUUUGUUUGGCAAACAAAGGAUCCAGGUGAAUCAUUCAGCUUCGUUACCCCCCCCCCCCUUCACCCCUGAACACCAUGUUGUACUGCGUUAUUAUGUAUGAAAUAUAUCAGAAGUUUUGAAAAGAGGCAAUUAGUUAAUCUCUUAAUCUGUUGCUCAUUUAAAUUUUACGUACAUCAAAAUUGAAUUCAUCUUGCUGUCCGGUGGAUCGGCCAGGUAUCACCUCUAUGAAUUCGCCAAAGGGUGUGUUUGGUUGUGCGCGAACCAAACACAACAUCGAAAAACCAAGAUAGCGGAGGUGCAGUUACCAGUGCAUUUGAAGAAUUCUUCUGAUAAAAUGAACUUCACCUACCAUAACUCCACACAAAGCAAGAAAUUAUCAAAAUAAUUCAAAAAGGAGAUAUUAGAUUACUUAAUAGCACAAACAAAGAUCUCGUUCAUUUGAAAAACCUUUUGUAAAAUAAGUGCAAGCGAUUGAUUACUUAAUACCAACCUCUUAACUUGCAUGUCUGAUCGCAUUAUUCCACCAACUCCCGAAUUCAUUCUAUAGUUGUCAGGUAGGAGGAUGUUAUGUAUUUUAUGGGCUCUACGUUCUUUCAGAAAACUAAGCUAGCUGACGCUCUAAUGCCCUUAUAGCCAACGUGGUAUAUGCCUGCCUUUCUGUUGACACCGGCUUUUGGCAUGCACAGAAGUGUUCUCAAGAUGAUCUUUAUCGAGAACUGAUCAUCAUGAAAGUUGUGUGUUUUUCGAGACGAGCAACUUUGCUUUUUCAGAUCAUCUUAAUCUGAGGUCGUAUGUGACCUCUAGAGCCAAAAAAGGGUUAAAAAAAACAGGUGCCAAAAACAACUCAGAGGCUCUGGUAUUAAUUCAAGCCAAAGCAGAAGCGCAUGCCGCUCAGAGCCUACUCGGAAGAGGUGAGGAGGCUUUGGGGCACCUCUCUGUGCCAGGGCUUCAGGUGAAAACCUUUGUCUGGCCCUACGGACUUGACAACGGAGACAUUUUGCGCCGUUAUUGCCCUUUUGGGGUGUUGUCGUGGAGCCCAUGUACAGUUGGUUGUGACGUAAUGUCUUCAGACUCUCAUGUGCUCAUUCGCAACAUUAGUAGUGCACUUUGCACUUUUUUGUGGUACAAUGUUUGAAUUUUCCUUUGGUCUGCUUUGUAAGAGGGCUAACUUACUACCUUGUAUCGUUCGGUUGUGUGGCUUUAUAUAUAAAGCUGAGUGGAAGCCUAUUUUGGGGGCUUCAGGUUACCUGUCAAGUUAAGCUAGGUUUUUAGUUUUUGGACGGGAUUUCAAGUCCCUUUCUUAUAUGAAAGUCUAGAGUCAGAGGCGAUGGCCGAUUAAACAACAAAUAAUUGGUCAAAUCCAUGUACUACUUUAUUAUAUUCUCUUUCUUAUCCUGAUUGUUGCUUCUCGUUCUUUGGUGUUCUUCGUCUUUGACGAGAGUGAAACACAAGGCCCUAGAGGAGGUUAGGCCGACUUAGGACAGCUCAUAGUCGUCAUGCUCUGAUGGGUCCCUCCCCGAUGUGCGAGAUUUCGGGUCUUCAAGAGACAUAGUUUGUGUGUCCUGCAUAUCGUGUUCCUGGCGAGGCUCCUUCGGCGAUGUGUUAAACGUAUUGGACUCGACGUUGAGAGCACACCAUGACUGUUCAUGUGCGAACACAUCUUUUGACGAUUCCACUGGGAAGGAAGCUUCGGAUGGUCUAUCCUGAUUGUUGUUGCUACAAAGAGAUUGCCAUCUAGAAAUUGCACUCUAAAAGAUAAUAUGAAUUCCCUGUAUGUGCAAAUAAUUCAUAUGUUAAUGUUGUUAGAUCCUUUGUAAACUGAAAAACAAAGUUUGUAAACUGGACAUUUCAUCAUGGUUAAUGAAAGAAAUUAGACUUCACUCCUUUUUCAUUCCAUAAGGCCAUAACACAACAUUAGCAUUGGUAUCAAGGGGCUUAAAAUUACUUAGUCAAAAGGCAACAAAAACCAAUAGUCACCAAGUUACCCAUAUAAAUUGCAGUGGAAACCAAUACCAACUUAUGGUUAGAUGGUUCGGAAGGGUGAUUGCACCCCCAGCCCAUCAGGAAAUGUUUGAUUCUUGCAUAUCUCAUAAAUGUGGAUUUUUUUAAUGGGUGGGUGGCAACGUUCCAUUGAUAGCGAGGUGUAUGUGUUUCUCAAAAAGAGAAAAAAAAAGUCAGUUUACAUUGGAUAAACUGGAUUGUCAGAA